AGCUUGACUAAAUAUUUAGAAAGCACAUUGUGUUCAGUGAAACUUUGUAUAUAAUGAAUAGAAUAAUAAAAGAUUAUAUUGGAUGACUAGUCUGUAAUUGCCUCAAGGAAAGCAUACAAUGAAAAAGUUAUUUUGGUACUUCCUCAAAAUAGCCAACACAAUAGGGAAAUGGAGAAAAUGUACUCUGAACACCAUGAAAAGGGAACCUGAAAAUCUAAUGUGUAAACUUGGAGAAAUGACAUUAGAAAACAAAACCAACAAAAGACAACACUCUCCAAAAUAAUCUGAGAUGCAUGACAGGCAAACGUUCACUAGAGUUGGAAUUUCCCUAAGUCUAUGUAGAGAUAAGUAGCAUAUUUGACCUUCACCAUGAUUAUCAAGCACUUCUUUGAAAUUGUGUUGGUGCUGCUGGCCUCUACCACUGUCUUCUCUCUAGAUUUGAAACUGAUUAUCUUCCAGCAAAGAAAAGUGAAUCAAGAAAGUUUAAAACUCUUGAAUAAGUUGCAAACCUCGUCAAUUCAGCAGUGUCUACCACACAGGAAAAACUUUCUGCUUCCUCAGAAGUCUUUGAGUCCUCAGCAGUACCAAAAAGGACAUACUCUGGCCAUUCUCCAUGAGAUGCUUCAGCAGAUCUUCAGCCUCUUCAGGGCAAAUAUUUCUCUGGAUGGUUGGGAGCAAAACCACACGGAGAAAUUCCUCAUUCAACUUCAUCAACAGCUAGAAUACCUAGAAGCACUCAUGGGACUGGAAGCAGAGAAGCUAAGUGGUACUUUGGGUAGUGAUAACCUUAGAUUACAAGUUAAAAUGUACUUCUGAAGGAUCUGUGAUUACCUGGAAAACCAGGACUAUGGCAGCUGUGCCUGGGCCAUUGUCCAAGUAGAAAUCAACCGAUGUCUGUUCUUUGUGUUCAGUCUCACAGAAAAGCUGAGCAAACAAGGAAGACCCUUGAACGACAUGAAGCAAGAGCUUACUACAGAGUUUAGAAGCCCAAGGUAG